AUGUAUUCUGGAGGACGUUCGCUUUACAAUUUCAUAACCACUCGAAAGGGAGAGGGGAAAUCUAUGGAAAAGUCUAAGGAAAAGUCGACUGAAAAGUCUACACAAAAGUCAGAUGAAGAGAAAAAUGCGGACGAAUUGAGGGUACAGUAUCUCACAGAUAAAGAUAUUGCCGCUAACUUAGAAGAUUGCUUCAAAGCUUUUGAAGAAAAAAAUAUGAAAGAUUUGAGAGCCGCUUGUCAGCUGUUAGGCAAGAAACGAAAUGUCAAAAACAAGGCUGUGCGUGCAUCAAAGAAAGCUCCAGAUAAUCAAGCUCUCAAAGAAAAGGCUGAUGUGGCAAAUGCUGAGUACGAUACUCAAUUAGGAAUCGUAACCGAAAUGCUAAAGAAAAUUCCCGAAUACGACAAAAUACAUCAGGAUAUUUUUGAACAAGCAUUACGCUAUUUUGCUACAGCUUUCUAA